AUGUUGAUCAGCUCCUCCGGUCGAUGCAAUCUCGCUGCAUUCAAGUACCGCAACUUCAAGGACGCAAGACAAAGUAUUCAAACCUUUUUCACGAGUGUACAAGUUGGUAAUUGA